UGUCCCGGUCUCUCUCGGUCUGUCCCGGUCUAUCUGUCCCGGUCCGUCGGUCCGUCCCGCGCGGGGCACGCCGGGAGCGGGGCGGGGAUCGCGCGCAGGCUCCGCUGUCCCCGCCCAUCACCAUCAUCACCAUCACCACCAUCACCAUCCUCAUCAGCAUCAGGCUCUCCUCCUCCCGCGCCGCGCCGAUGCCGCCGGGGCCAUGAGCCGCCCGUGCUCGGCCGGGCCCGGGCCCAGCAAGCCGUGCGGGAAGCAGCAGCAGCCGCCGCACGCCCCGUCCCCCGGCGCCGUGCUGCCCGGCACCGGCGGCGCUUCUCCGCCGCCCGCGCCGCCUGCCCUGCCUCCCCCGCCGCAGCAACAGCAGCAGCAGCAGCAGCAGCAGCAGCAGCAGCAGCAGGAGCUGACCUCGCUCUUCGAGUGCCCCAUCUGCUUCGACUAUGUGCUGCCGCCCAUCCUGCAGUGCCAGGCCGGGCACCUGGUGUGCAAGCAAUGCCGGCAGCAGCUGAGCCUCUGCCCCACCUGCCGGGGCUCCCUCACCCCCAACAUCCGCAACCUGGCCAUGGAGAAGGUGGCCUCGGCUGUGCUCUUCCCGUGCAAGUACGCCACAACAGGCUGCUCCCUGACACUCCACCACACAGAAAAGCCAAAACAUGAAGCCAUCUGCGAGUACCGUCCCUACUGCUGCCCGUGCCCUGGGACCUCCUGUGACUGGGAGGGGUCCUUGGAAGCCGUGAUGUCCCACCUCAUGCACGCCCACAAGAGCAUUACCACCCUGCAGGGAGAAGACAUCAUUUUCCUUGCCACGGACAUUAACCUGCCGGGGGCAGUGGACUGGGUGAUGAUGCAGUCGUGCUUUGGUCACCACUUUAUGCUCGUGCUGAAGAAGCAGGAGAAGUGUGAAGGUCACCAGCAGUUUUUUGCCACCGUGCUGCUGAUCGGCACCCGCAAGCAGGCGGAGAACUUUCAGUACAGGCUGGAGCUGCACGGCAGCUGCCACCGGCUGACCUGGGAGGCGUCGCCCUGCUCCAUCCACGAGGGCGUGCCCGUGGCCAUCCGCAGCAGCAACUGCCUGGUUUUCGACACGGCCACCGCUCACCUCUUUGCUGACAACGGAAACCUCGGCAUCAACGUGACCAUUUCCAUGUGCUGCCCAUGAUGCACUGCUGGCUGAUGUAAGCUUCACCGGGCUUUGGUUUUGGUUCCCGUUUUUUACACUGUUCAGCUCUGUCAUCUUGUGUGCUAAGGUUUCUGACUAGCCAAGGGUUGGGACUUUGGGCAGAAGAGGAACAAGAGUGUGCUGUAAGUAACAUGAGCGGGACAAGGUCUUUUAAAAUUCUUGGGUGCCUUAGGAAGAUUACACACACACAGAGUUACCUUUUAUAAUUUAAUUAUAUUUUAUGGAAAGAGUGCUUCCAUUAGAUAUGUGGCUUAAGAGGCUCACGUUUGGAGCACACCUAAAAGCCCUUUCAGCAGCAGUACAGACUCCCUCUGUCACUGGUGAGCUUUAAUAAAAGGCUUUAGUACCACAGGAGGGUUUGGUUUGGAAGAGACCAUCAUCUGUUCCAGUCCUCCUGCCAUGGCAGGGACACCUUCCAGUAUCCCAGGCUGCUCCAAGCCCUGUCCAGUCUGGCCCUGGACACUUCCAGGGAUCCAGGGGCAGCCACAGCUUCUAUGGGCACCCUGUGCCAGGGCCUCCCCACCCUCACAAGGAACAAUUCCUUCCCAAUAUCCCAUCUCUGUCCACUAGCAGUGGGAAGCCAUUCCCCGUGUCCUGUCACUCCAGGCCCUUGUCCAAAUUCCCUCUCCAGCUCUCUUGUAGCACCUUUAGGCACUGGAAGGGGCUCUAAGUUCUCAUAAUUUGCCCUUGUGAAGCCACAGUGGCUGUCACAAAUCACCUCCUAAUUUUCCAUGUGCCUUAGCAUAGUUUCCAGGGGGAUCUGCUCCAAGCUCUUUCCAGGCACUGAGGUGAGACCUGACCACCUGUAGUUCUCUGGAUCUUCCUUAUUCCUCUUUCUAAAAAAGGGGUGGUUGUGUUUCCCCUUUUGGAGUCAGUGAGAACUUCUCUGGACUGCCACAACUUCUCAAACAUGAUGGAUAGUGGCCACAUCCUGCACCAGUCCCUCUGAACCCACAGGUGCAUCUCAGGCACCUUCAGGUCCCUCAGACCAUCUCCCCCCCAAUCCUCUCCUGCUGCAGGAGGUUCUUUGUGCUCCCCCUCUCUGCCUUUGCUCCUGCCCCUCGGGCAGUGUGGCUGGAGCUGCCUUGAAGGCUGUCACACAUGGCUGACACCUCACCUUCCCAGGAACUGGGUUCCCCAUUUCCUUCCACACAGGGUCCACAUUCUUCAAGUCUUCCUUUUAUCACCAGUGCACCUACAGAGGUGCUUUGAUUGCUUGCCCUUGAUGUCCCUGGCCAGGUGUAAUUCUUUCAGGCUUUAGCAUUCCUAACCUGAUCCCUGGCUGCUCACAGUCUCUCUGUGCUCCUCCCUGGCUGCCUGUCCUUUCCUAGUAGGUGAGAAAGGAAAGAAAUCCAAGUGACCUCUCACAGGAGAAGCUGAGAGUGAAGCAGGAGAUACUUCAGCAAUGUUUCUCCAUUACCUGCUACCUUAUGGAAGGGCAUUGGGCCAGCUGUGGUGGCUUUAACAGGAGAAAGGAGAGAAGGUGUGGGGUAUGGCACAUUUCACAGAGCAUGGAAUUACUGGCACCUGUCUGUUUUAGGGGGAUCAGGCCAGGCAAAGGUGCAAGCAGGAGGCACAAGUCUCAGACUGCAGGUGGCUGGAGCCAGUGACAUGGGGCUGUCCAUGAGCAGCUGCCCUGGGACACACUCUACUGUUGAUUAUUGUAAAAGAUUCAGAAUAUAGCAAGAGCUUUAUGGCCAGUGUCUUGUCAUUUGCUAUUUAAGUUUUGUUGCCAUAUUCCUUCUAUUUUGCAAUAAAUAUUUUGCAAAACCUA